AUGUUCAAAAUAGAGUGGACCACCGAUCUAGAGAUUCUAGUCGGACUGUCCAACGCCAAGUGCAUCGCAAAUUAUCCGCCUGCGAUGACCGCGUCGGAACUUGUAGCCGUCUCGUCGGAUACCGGCGGCACCGGUGGCGGCGUAGUUGACGGCGCGAUACCGUCGUCCGUUCACGUUGCCCAUAUCUCAAGUGCCCGGCGGCUUGCUGCUGCCGCCGAACGAACCAAGUCACCUCCCACGACGAUGCCACCACACGACCCGCCGGUUAUCAAGUGGUCCCUCGGUGCCGAUGAUGACGACGGCGGCGAUCGCCAUCGCCAACAGCGGGAUCAACCGCCGCUGCUCGGGAACGGUUCAUGCGAACAGAUUGGAAUCGAUUCGAACGUCAGCGCAAACCAUCAUCACCUAUCGAUACCGCGAACAGAUGACGAUUGCAAUCUUCUAACGCAGGGAAAAACCGCGACCAUUGUCGCGAUGCCAGUCAAAUACAGCCACGGGUCGUCCACCAUUCUCGAUCAGAUUCCCGAGGACGACCCGCCUGCCAGGAAACCACCGGCAGUCAGCCUGGCUCAUCACGCUAACGGUGCAACGUCUCGAAGAUCAUCAAUAGCGGCACAGGACAUCCUAUCAACUCGUAGGCCUUCCACCAUCAUGAACGCACUGCGUCGGGGGUCCCUGGCGUGGCUUCCGGGAAGAAACAAAACCGUACAGCACGAUACCGAAUCCAACCGGGGCAGCAAGGCGUCGCUCAGUCAAAUACCAUCCGGCCACGGCGCCCUGUGCGAUAUGGCGAUAGAGUCUCGCAGGAAGAACCGACGAAUAGGAGAUGACGCACUGAGCACGGCUUUAUCCGCUUUGUACGCCAAGGUCAUCGUGAUAUUGGGCAUUGCUCUGCCGGUGACGGAGAUUUUAUCCUCCCAGAUACCGGCGAAUGUUUACCAGGGCUUCUAUCUUUAUCUCUACGUGACAAGCAUCUCGUUUGUUGUAUUUGUUUAUGCGUCCAACAUGCGACGUCGGGCCGUUAUGACCUUGAUCAAAUCAUACCAUGAGAAGACCAACAAUUAUCCGAUAAAAAAACGAGUUCCACAUUUCGGUAGCUUUUACCUGCGGGUAGGAGCUAUAGCUUUCGGAAUCGGUACCAUGGUCUAUUCCGGUCUGGAACUCGGGCAGUACUUCGAACUGCACACGACGCCCGGUUGUUCCAGUGUGUUUAUAGCGCUAACACCGGCGGCCCGAAUGAUUUUGUCCAUCGUACAGAUGCAGUUCAUAUUCCUGAACACCUCCGAGCUAGACAUGGCCCGGCACAAAGUAUUCGCCCGCUUCGGACUGAUGCACAUGGUUGCGACGAAUCUCUGCGAAUGGUUGUACGUGCUGGUCGAAGAAACGAAACACGAAAUCCACCACCUCGCCGGUCACACUAAAAUCAUCCCCACCAUAACUGAACUGACCACAGCAGCCCUCGACAUUCAACUGGUAAACGAAACAUCCGCCGAAGUUUUUCUCAACCAAAAUCACUCGCUGGAAAAACGUGCCUCGAAGGACCUAGCCGAAUACAUCGACUGCAAACGGACGAACAUCAUGGGUUCGUUGGUUCAGAAUGCGUCUCCGUUUCUGUUCCCCUGCACAAUCGAGUACUCGCUAAUCUGUGCGGUGAUUCUGUACGAAAUGUGGAAGAAGGUCAAAAACAUAGCAGAGAUCGAUCGAACCCGGCGCAAUUCGCACAAAGUGCCAAGCAAUCAAAACGUAAAAAGUGCUCACCACUUCUCGGUGGACUGCUCCCGGGCUCAUCGCGGUAUGUUCGGCGGCAUCAUCGUUACCGUUCUGACGAUCAUCUGCUUGAUCAUGUAUUUCGUACUGCACCAGGAACCAGGUUAUGAAUACUUCGCCAUUCAGGAAGUCACAAUCGCUGAAACGCUGCUCUAUUCUGUCACCGCAGCUGGAGUACUAGCGGCCAUGAUCAAAAUGCGAGAUCUGAAGUACUGCAAAAAGCAAAACGAUCCCCACGCUGGUUCGGUCAGCCUGGAUUGCACACUGCUUGUGCUGGCCCAAACCGGCGUCUACGUGUAUGGAAUGUUCAGCAUCAUCGGCAGUUACUUUUCCAUCCAACAGGACGUUGUGGGUGCCCGCGAAGGCCUGAUAGCGGAGGUGUUCAGCUUGGUACAAACAUCGAUGCAAACACUGUUCAUUCUAAACGCCGUUUGGCGGAAGUGCCGCGGUUCUCAGCAGAACCGUACCAAACCGGGUCGGCAGAUCGUAACCUUCCUGCUGGUGGCGAACAUGGCAAUGUGGUUCAUCAACACACUAAUCAAGGGUCGAGCUAGCUUCCGACCGUCACAUCUGAACUUUUUCGGAACCUGGGCCUGGACCGUGAUUACCCACGUUUCCAUGCCGCUGGCCAUCUUCUACCGGUUUCAUUCGACAAUUUGCCUUUUCGAAGUGUGGAAAUCAACGUACAAGGUCAAAAGUGGAGAUCACCACUAG